UUUUAAACGCGAUCAAUGAUCUCGAAAAAAAACUGAAGAUGUAACAUAAAUUUCACAAUUAGUCGUUGCUAUUGCGGAAUACUAAUCUCUACUUUUCCUGUGUGGUACAGUAUAUACAUGCUGUACGUGAUUCAUGCGCCGUUUCCGUCGUUCUGAGUUGUAUCUUCCGCCUCGCCGACCUUUCCACAUUGAGCCGUGGUGAGAAGUGUUCAGGUUGGGUUUCUACGAACAGGGAUCGAAAACCAUCACUAUGGCGGGAUUAUCAGUAACAGUCAUCUUGCUAGGUUUGCUCAACUCUGUGUUUUCGCAAAGAAUGUUCUAUAUCAUCGGAACUGCUGGAAAUGAGAAUAACACUUGUGGAGACAGCUUUACACUGGCGCCACGAUCCACAGAAAAUGUCACUCUGGUGGCCAAUGGACGACUACCUCGGGGAUUCUGUGAAGUCACAGUCGGAAUCAACAACUCACAACGAUGUAAACGACAAAUCUGUAUCCAAGGAGCUGGGACUUUAGACAACAUGGGUAUUAUUUUCCAAUUUACCCCCAUUCCAGGCUCAUUGACUGAGUAUCGAGGCCCAUCCUACACAGAACUAGAGAGGGAACGCUGCUUUGAUGCCUACUCGCUAUUUAUAAACAUAUCAGAACCAGCCUCUGUUGGCCAUGACUUUAACUUUCAGCUCUUCCUGCAUCCAUCUUGUAAUGACAGCAACAAUGGUGAUCAGAUAGCCUUGUCUAAUGCAGAUAGCCGUGCUUUAGAUACAUUGGCCGAAUUAGAGCGCGCAUGGACACUGACCACAGUAUACGGAGCGGUAACGGGAGUGUGUCUAGCUUUCUUCUUUCUUAUCAUUCUCUUCAUCACCUACUGCUACUACAGAUCUUAUCCCUACGGCAACAAGAAACGGGAAAAACAGAAAACUGCUAGCAAAAAAGAGGGAGCUACACCACAGAAAAAUAAGGGAAGAGAAAUGGAGGAAAUGAAACUACUGGAGCCUAAGGAUGCUGUGGGGGAUUCCUCAGGCCUGGGCUUAAAUGAAAAUGAUGUCAUAGACCUGGAGGAGGGCACCAGUCAAAAUAAGGAGGAACCAAAAAAGGAAGUAGAGGACACCUUAACAACGGAGAAGGAAACUGAGAAGGUGGAGGAAAACGAAGAAAAAAAUGUAGAAAAGAAAAUGGGAAAUGACUUUGUUAAUGUGGAUCUGGAAACACCAGGGGCUGACGAGUCUCAGAAGCCUGCUUCAUUAGACUCAGAUUAAUUAAAAAUUAACAUUAAAUAAUUAGGUUAAACAAUUCCUUUUUGCAGCAUGUGAAAUAAUUGUAUUUAAUAGACAUGUGACCCAGUGUCUGUAAGCGUAUAAAAGUAAGCAUCUAGAUUUAAAAAUUGACUAGAGUGUCAGAAUAUCUGUUGUUGUGAUUGUACUUGUAAACCAUAUGUGUAAAUGUUGAUUUGUGAAAUAGAAAAAGAAUGAAUUUUUGGAAGAAAUGAUAAAUACAGUGUUGAACUGGAA